CGUUUGGCCCCCUCAUUGGCCCGCGAGCCGGGUGAGCGGUGCGGAAACCUGCGGCGCGGGAACUUGGGGACAGCCGCGGAGGGUCGCGUUCCUGUGAGUUUCCCGGACUCGCCAUGAGCUGCAUCAACCUGCCCAACGUGCUGCCCGGCUCCCCCAGCAAGACCCGCGGCCAGGUCCAGGUGAUCCUCGGGCCCAUGUUCUCAGGGAAAAGCACAGAGCUGAUGAGACGGGUCCGCCGCUUCCAGAUUGCACAGUACAAGUGCCUGGUGAUCAAGUAUGCCAAGGACACCCGCUACGGCAGUGGCCUCUCCACACAUGACCGGAACACCAUGGAGGCAUUGCCAGCCUGCCUGCUCCGGGACGUGGUCCAGGAGGCCCUGGCCGUAGCCGUCAUAGGCAUUGACGAAGGACAGUUCUUCCCCGACAUCGUGGAGUUCAGUGAGACCAUGGCCAAUGCUGGGAAGACUGUGAUUGUGGCUGCCCUGGAUGGAACCUUCCAGAGGAAGGCUUUUGGGAGCAUCCUGAACCUGGUGCCGCUGGCCGAGAGCGUGGUGAAGCUGACGGCCGUUUGCAUGGAGUGCUUCCGUGAGGCUGCCUACACCAAGAGGCUGGGUGCUGAGAAGGAGGUGGAGGUGAUAGGAGGAGCAGACAAGUACCACUCGGUGUGCCGCCUCUGCUACUUCAAGAAGGCCUCCAGCCAGCCACCAGGGCUGGACAACAAGGAGAACUGCCCAGUGCUGGGGAGGCCGGGGGAAGCAAUGGGCGUCCGGAAGCUUUUUGCCCCCCAGCAGGUCCUGCAGUGCAGCCCGGCCCACUGAGGGGGGCCUGAGGAACCCUUCCCAGGGCCCCCCGCCUGCCCCCUGCCCCCUAGCAGGUGCCCGCCUCCACACACCGCAAGGCCUUCUGACAAGGAAGUCCUGGGGCCAGACAGGGCUUUGCCGCUUGUUGAACUCAACACACUAUGAGAAGUGGCCUUUCCCCGCUGGGCGUGUUCAUAUCCCGGCACCCCACACGCCACGGCCCUUCUUAGUUCCCUUCCCUGCUGCCGUCCACUGGCCCUCCUCUGAGCCUCCUCUUCCUCUGGGGUGAGAGCAGAGCUCCGCGCUCUUGUGACAUCUGAGCUGCUGGCCUUUUCCCCAUUUGUGGCUUUCUGUUGAGUUUCUGUUCUUGCUGGGAAGUCCGAGCCCCAGCACCUCUGUCUGGCUAGGGCACGCCUGUCUGGCACCAAGAUGCCCGCCCUCUGAGGAGGGCCCUCUUACUUCCCUUCCUACACUUAGUGCUCGUUUUCCCCAGAACGGUGGCUUCCUUCCCCAGGUGGCACUCAUCCGCCAGGGCUCAGACCUGGGGCGUGUGGCUGGUGCAGGGGCCAAGAUCCUUCUGCUGCAUUGAUGAAAUUAAUAAUAAUAAAACUGAAGUAACUGUUCGGUGCA